UCUAAAAUGAAACAAUUUUUCCUUUGUUUUCCCGUUAAAGCUUCUUUGGUGGGAUAUUCACUGUCCCACAAUUCAGCCAUAAGGAGCUCGCUCAUUCAUCCGCAUUCUUCACCAAAGGUUUCAAGUCUUCAAUAUGGUGAAUAAACCUUUCACUGUGGAUUUGAAUAAGCCUCUAGUCUUUCAGGUUGGCCAUCUUGGAGAAGCUUACGAUCAAUGGGUUCAUCAGCCUAUAGUGAGCAAGGAAGGCCCCAGAUUUUUUGCGAAUGACUUUUGCGAGCUCUUCACCAAAACAGCAUGGUGGGUGAUUCCACUUAUUUGGCUGCCCGUUGUGUUCUGGCUUGUCACCGUGUCUCUUCAAAUGGGCCUUACUUUUCCUCAAGCAGCUCAGAAAGUGGUUGUUGGAAUUUUCCUUUGGACAUUGAUGGAGUAUAGCUUGCACCGCUUUCUUUUCCACAUAAAAACAACAAGCUAUUGGGGAAACACUUUUCAUUAUCUUCUCCAUGGUUGCCAUCACAAGCACCCAAUGGAUGGGUUGCGACUUGUUUUCCCUCCUGUGGCAGCAGCCAUUCUAUGUGUGCCAUUUUGGACUAUUGUUAGGCUUUCGUCAUCACCAUCAGUUGCACCGGCGUUGUUUGGAGGGAUUUUGUUAGGAUACGUAAUGUAUGAUGUUACUCACUACUACUUGCAUCAUGGGAAGCCAUUGACGGGAAUGACUCAAAGUUUGAAGAGAUAUCACUUGAGACAUCACUUUAAAGCUCAAACUGUGGGAUUUGGGAUCACUUCACCUUUAUGGGACAUGGUGUUUGGAACCCUUCCAGCAAAAGAUGCAGCUGGGAAAAUUAGAUAACAACAAUGGUAGUACUAGUAUGGAAAAUCAUUUAUUAUGUUUGAAUGGUGUUUGGCUUCAUGGGUUUUCCUUCAAAUUUUGUAUUACGCCUUCUCAUAAAAUCUUUACAUAUGUAUGUAUCACCAUUGGUUAUUUUGACAGCAUCUUACCGUUUAGUUGGGGUGUUGGUAUCAUGAUUCUUUUUCCCCAUUUACA